AUGUAUGAAGGGGGUGAAUGUGUUUUAGACAAAUUUUUGGCAACAACUUCAACUAAAACUUUAAAAUCGUUUAAUAAUGAAGAAUUAAAUGAAUGUUUUAAAUUAAAACCUUGGAUGGAUAAUUAUUCCCCUUUUGCCUUUCAUAUUCGUUUUCUUCGCCGCCCACGAAAUUUUAAGGAUAAUUUACAACGAAGAAAUGGUUGGCAUUCAAAAAGAGAAGUUGGAAGAAUUAAAUUAUCAGGUUUCCACCCUUGUGAUAAAGCUUGUGAAUCUAAUCAAAAUGUACUAGAUACAGAAUUAAUUAAAAUACAACCACAUUAUGAACAAAAUAAACAUUUAGAAGAUCCUUUAGAAGGUUAUGGAUAAAAAAAUAAAAAAAAUAUUUUUUAAAUUAAAUUAAUAUUAAUUACUGCCCAUAUUUUAGAGAAUAUAUUUAAUUAUUUUUGAUCUUUCCUUUUCUUUUUUUAACCCGGCAAUCUUUUCCCAAACUAUUAAUUAAUUAAUAUAGCUUUAAUAUAUUUUCUUUUUUUUUCUCACUGCCGAUAUUCUUCCGAUUCCAAGAGUAGUGAAACCAACGUAUCCGUAGGCAGAGAAAAAGGGCAAUAGCGUAGGCAGUCGGGAGAUAGAUAAAGAGAUAAAUAAUUUUAAAAUUAAGUCCCUUUAUUUUCCUUACUUUUCGUCGACUCCUUUUCCUUAUGGUUAGAUUUAAAAAUUUUAUUUUACUAAUCCAAUUAUGUAAAUUUUUAUAAAACUUAUUUUUAAUCAUUUGAGGUCAUUAUUUCUAUUCUUCUUUAUAUGGAAAGGAUUAGCCUAAAAAUUUCAAUUAUUAAGAUUCUUUUCAGUGUGAGAGUGAAAAAAAAGGAACUUUGAAAUUUUUCUUUUGUAUUUUUCUUAUUCAAAUUUAACCUAAAAUUUAAAAUUUUUAUUCUAAGAUUU